AUGUCGGAUAGGGUUGACUGGCUACAAAGCCAAAAUGGAGUAUGCAAAGUUGAUGUUUAUACUCCUGGAGACAGCCAAGCCCAAGACUGGAAAAUGGAAGCCUCAACUGAUCCUAUCAGAGUGCUCAGCUGGCUCCGCAGAGACCUGGAAAAAAGUACAGCAGGGUUCCAAGAUGCUAGGUUCAAGCCUGGAGAAUCCUCACUUGGCGGGGAAAUGAGCAACCCAGGAGGAGACCCCCACAGUGGUUUUUCUGUGGACUAUUACAAUACCACAACCAAGGGCAGUCCAGGAAGAUUGCAUUUUGAGAUGAUGCACAGAGAAAACCCUGUCCAGGGCCCCAGUGUCCCACUUGGUAAUGGGAGUUCAGUAGAUGAAGUUUCCUUCUAUGCUAAUCGCCUCACAAAUCUAGUCAUAGCCAUGGCCCGCAAGGAGAUCAAUGAGAGGAUAGAUGGCUCUGAAAACAAAUGUGUCCACCAGUCAUUGUACAUAGGAGAUGAGCCCAUACCCAACAAAAGCUUGAGUAAGGUGGCAUCAGAUCUGGUGAACAAGACAGUCUCUGCAUGUUCCAAGAAUGCUACCUCAGAUAAGACUCCUGGCUCUGGUGACAGAGCCUCAGGAUUAUUACGGAGUCCCCCACAUUUGAAAUAUAAGACCACUCUGAAGAUGAAGGAGAGCACCAAAGAAAGCAAGGGUCCAGAUGACAAGCCUGCUUCUAAGAAGUCUUUCUUCUAUAAGGAGGUGUUUGAAUCUCGUAACGCAGGUGAUGCCAAAGAGGGUGGAAGGUUAUCUGGGGAGAGAAAGAUGUUCAGAGGGCAAGAAAGGCCCGAUGACUUUACAGCUUCUGUUAGUCAAGGGAUAAUGACCUAUGCUAACAGUGUGGUUUCUGAUAUGAUGGUUUCCAUUAUGAAGACACUGAAGAUCCAAGUGAAGGACACAACUAUUGCCACCAUCCUGCUAAAGAAGGUACUGCUCAAGCAUGCAAAAGAGGUCGUCUCAGAUCUCAUUGACUCCUUCAUGAAGAACCUCCACAGUGUCACAGGGACCCUCAUGACUGAUUCAGAUUUUGUCUCAGCUGUGAAAAGAAGUUUAUUCUCUCACGGAAGCCAGAAGGCCACAGAUAUCAUGGAUGCCAUGCUGGGUAAGCUAUACACUGUGAUGUUUGCAAAGAAACCUCCAGAAAUUAUCAGGAAAACCAAGGACAAGUCUGAGAGUUACUCCCUUGUCUCCAUGAAAGGAAUGGGUGACCCUAAGAAACAAAAUGUAAACUUUGCAUCAAUGAAAUCUGAAGGUAAAUUGAGGGAAAAAAUGUACUCUCCCGCAUCCAAACCAGAAAAGAAGACUUGUGCCGAAACUCUGGGUGAACACAUUAUCAAAGAGGGAUUGAGCUUUUGGCAUAAAAAUCAGCAAAAAGAAGGAAAAUCUCUGGGUUUCCAACAGGCAACAUUUGCAGCUCCCAACAAACAGUAUAAGCCUGUACCAGACAUUCCCCUGGGAUAUCCUCUGGAUACUUGCAACCUCAGCCCCCCUAUACAAUGCCGAGAGAAACCUGAGAAUUUUAUGUGUGAUUCAGACUCCUUGGCCAAGGACCUGAUCGUAUCAGCCUUACUUCUGAUUCAGUACCACCUGGCACAGGGAGGAAGCAUGGAUGCACAGAGCUUCCUUGAAGCUGCUGGCAGCACCAACCUGCCUGCCAACAAGUCCCCUGAAGUUUCUGAUGAGUCCAGCCUUAAGUCUCCUCAUAUGGGAGGUGACCAAGAUGAAGCAGAAAAGAAGGAUCUAAAGAGUGUUUUCUUUAACUUUAUCCGGAAUUUACUUGGUGAGACCAUUUUCAAGAGUGACCAUAGCUCUGAACCCAAGGUACCAGAACAGCCAGUUAAGGAAGAAUAUAACUACCAGUGUGAAAGACCUGUAACCCCUUCUUCCAUCAAAUUAAGUGAAGGUGAUGAGGCUGGUGGUACCUUUGCUGGGCUGACCAAGAUGGUUGUUAACCAACUAGAUGGCCACAUGAAUGGGCAGAUGGUAGAAUAUCUGAUGGAUUCAGUGAUGAAAUUAUGUCUCAUUAUUGCCAAGUCCUGUGACUCUCCCUUGGCAGAGCUGGGCGAUGAUAAGUCUGGGGAUGCAAGCAGGCCAACUUCAGCCUUCCCAGAUAAUUUAUAUGAGUGUUUACCAGUCAAGGGCACAGGGACAGCAGAGGCUGUCCUGCAGAAUGCCUAUCAAGCUAUCCAUAAUGAAUUGAGAGGUAUAUCAGGACAGCCCCCUGAAGGGUAUGCAGCACCCAAAGUGAUUGUCAGCAAUCAUAACCUAACUGACACAGUUCAGAACAAGCAACUCCAAGCUGUACUUCAGUGGGUAGCCGCCUCUGAACUCAAUGUCCCUAUUUUGUACUUUGCUGGUGAUGAUGAAGGAAUCCAGGAGAAGCUACUUCAGCUCUCGGCUGCUGCUGUGGACAAAGGACGUAGUGUAGGUGAGGUCCUGCAGUCGGUGCUGCGCUACGAGAAGGAGCGACAGCUGGACGAGGCGGUGGGAAAUGUUACACGGCUGCAGCUGCUGGACUGGCUGAUGGUGAACCUGUGA